UAAGGGCCAUAUGUGGACCUUUUCCGUAAGCUCUAAAAGGGCAAAAAAAGAAGGGGACUUAAAAGAAAUUAAAAACUGAAAUUCCAGCAGAGAGCAAAGAGGAAAAGCGCCAGUGCUAAUCGAGUAGCGAAUAUCGUCUGAGUACUUGAACUUGUUCAGCAAAGCCCUAAAUUUCAAUUUUCUAGCUACAAAUUUGUGUGUUCUGAGAAGAUGAGUUCUAGGAAGAAGACACCUUUCCAGAAACACCGAGAAGAGGAAGAGGCGAAGAAGAAAAGAGCAGAAAACGAAACAGCUCGUCUGUACCAAGAGUUUGUAGAGUCAUUUCAAGCGGAUGAUACACCUGGUUCUAAAGCUUUUGUUAGAGGGGGAACCAUCAAUCCGAAUGAUAAGUUGAAGAUUGAUUCUGAAGGUUCCAAAGAUGAGGUUUCUGGUUUAAAGAAGGGAAGUAGGUAAACAAAUGCUUUUUGAUUGACCGUGCUGUAAUACUACUGUAUAAAUUUAGGCCUUACGUACCUAGUCUUUUGGUUAUGAUAUCACUGUUAACAUUAGGGUGCAAAUGUUUGUGGUAAAAUAUUAUUUUGUCAUUUAGAGUCUUUCUGAGUCAUUUGAUUAACUUCACUGGCAAUCUUUCCUUGAAUUUAUCUGAAAGAUAAAUACUAAUGCUGCUGCAUGUGUCUUGAGAGCAUGUGCGGUCAAUCUGAGCAUCUAAUGUUCUCUUUUCAUAUAUGUUUAGCUCUCUUUUUGCUGUUUACUCGUGCCAAUAAGCAGUGUUAUCAAAGGUGCGCUUAAAGCGCGCUUAAGCCUUGAAGCGUGGCUCAAAACAUGUUGAGCGCUUUGCCUCGCUUAGCGGACUCUUCAGUGUUGUCAUCAAGGCUUUAAGGCAUACUUUCCCUUGCCAAUGAGCGUAAUAUUGAAGAGGUGAUACUAAAUAAUUGAUAUUUCACUUUAUUGUAAAUUUUCUUCAAUUUCGUUGUCCAUAUAUUUGGUAUUCAUGCUUAUAGAUAUUAAUCUUGGACUAUACAUGCAUAUUUAUAGUUUUUCUCCAUUUGCGCAUUUCUUCAUUAAAGCCUACGCUUAAUUUGCGCUUUGCGCUUAAAGCCCCAACAGACCUUAGAGCUUUUUUGCGCUUUUUGCCUUUGAUAAUAAGAUAUACGGAAAGGUAAAGAGUACUACUGGUUUCUGGUGAUGAUACCGUUAUUAUUAGGGCUGCAAAGUUAAUUACGUAAAAUAUUAUUUUGUCCUUUUGAAUUUUUCCGAGUCACUUGAUUCACUUUAAUAACGAUCUUACCGUGCAUCUCUCUGAAAGAUAAAUGCUAAUGCAGCUGUGUGUGUAUCUCAAGAGCAUGUGCAGUCAUGCUGAGGCGCUGAGCACUUAAUGUUUCUUUUCAUUUUUGUAUAGCGCUUUUUUUGUUAAUUACUCAUACCAAGAAAUAGAUAGUAUAGAAAGGCUAAGAAUACUACCAAUUUCUGGAAUUGGGAUUAACAUCCUAUGCACUUUGCUGGGCAAAAUUUUGUGCCUGCAUGUUAUUUUCUGUUCUUUGUAAAAGCACAGAGAUUAUCAAUGCUUGUUGCUAAAUUUUGAGAUUUAAAAUAUAUUACAAUGAAAAGAAGUCCUAUUGGAUGGAGCAUAUAUUUUCAGCAGUCCUCUUGAGACAGCCAUUCAUCACCAGAAACACAUUACUAAAGAUGGCCUUUCUAAUUCAUCACCAGAAACACAUUAAAAAAGAAGUCCUAUUGGAUGGAGCAUCUAUUUUCAGCAGUCCUCUUGAGACAGCCUUUCAUCACCAAACACAUUACUAAAGAUG